AUGCAAGCAUUCGGGCGCCAGACGUACAUACUGACGCCAAAGGAGAAUCGGCUUAAGUGGGAUCCAAAGGCUCGCACUGGCAUAUUCGUGGGCUACGAAGAAGUGUCGAAGGCGUAUCGAGUUUAUGACAUUGAGGCGGGACAGGUUGUUGUCAGUCGGGAUGUCAACUUCGACGAGUCCACCUUUGGACUUCCGCCGCCGAUCACUGAUGAAGAUGCCGAUGACCUGGACUUCGAGUUGCUUGACCUCAAUGAUGAAGAGCCGCGUCAGGUGGAGUACAAGCAAACAGGCAAGCGCAAAAACCGCCUCAGUGAUGAAGAUACAGCAGCUCCACGGCCACGUGCAGUGCGUCAACGACCUGGACUAGAAGAGUCAACCGCGCUAGAAAACAACUCGUCACGCCAAGAAGAAGACGAAGAAAGGAAGGAUUCUGAUGAAUCAACUCCGCCUGUGUUUUGGCAUGCGAGUGCGAAUGUCGUUGAAACAGCAGCAGACUUAUCAGAGCCCUACACACUUGAGGCUGCAGUGAGCGGCCCUGACCAAGUGCACUGGCAAAUGCCAUUUAUGCGGAACUCGAGUCGAUGCGCCUUCGCGGUGUGUUUCGUGCAGCCAAGCUGCCCAACGGACAACGCGCCAUUGGCACAAAGUUAG